AUGAAGACGAUUUCUCUAUUUUUUGCAGCCUCCCUAUUGGGGCAUGCUGCCCUUGCUACAAGGCUUUAUGCGGCAUCGUAUGCUGGUCUUGUCACCUCAUUGGACCUUUCCAAGUCCAAUGAGCUAUCUACACUCUCCCAGACCACUGAGUGCGGUGGCAGCCCCUCUUGGUUGAUGUUGGAUAGUCCCAAUGGUGUCUUGUACUGCCUCGACGAAGCAAUCAAUGCUCCCAAUGGCACUAUCACCACCCUGAAAACUCAUCAGGAUGGGACACUCACCAAGCUUGCGCAACUGAAAACCCCCGCUGGCCCUGUCAUGUCUGCCAUGUACUCGGCACCUGGGGUCUUGGAACGCAAGUUCCUUGCUGUGGCACACUAG